AUGGGUAAUGAGGCAUCUCUUCCGGAAUUGUGUUCCACUUUUGAUGUUGAGGAAAUCAAACGACUAGGGAAAAGAUUUAAAAAGCUUGAUCUUGAUGGAUCUGGAUCCCUAAGCGUUGAGGAAUUUAUGAGUUUGCCUGAACUUCAACAGAAUCCUUUAGUGGCACGAGUCAUCGAAAUUUUUGACACAGACGGCAAUGGGGAAGUGGAUUUUAAGGAGUUUAUUGAGGGAAUGUCUCAGUUUAGUGUUAAAGGGAACAAAGAGGCCAAACUUAAUUUCGCUUUCAAAAUUUACGACGUCGAUAAAGAUGGAUACAUAAGUAACGGUGAAUUGUUCCAGGUUCUCAAAAUGAUGGUUGGUAAUAACCUAAAAGAUGCCCAACUUCAACAGAUUGUUGACAAAACCAUAAUGUUCGCAGAUCAAGAUGGGGAUGGCCGCAUUUCAUUUGAGGAGUUUUGCCAGGUGGUGAGUGGCCUGGAUGUUCACAAGAAGAUGGUUGUUGAUGUUUAA